CAAGAACUUAACCCGGUAGACUUUUUUAGGAGUUGUUUGCCUACCUUACAUUCGUCUUGACUUUCUAUAUCGUCUAAAUCCAUGGAGGAAGACGAGAUAUGGCUUUCUGAAGAGGAGGAUGAAUAUGAGGACGAAGACUUUACUGACUCGAGCUCAUUUACAAUGGCUCUGACCUACCAGGGUCCACCAGGAGAGUUUAGGACUCGAAACCGACCGGGCGAGAUCCAGCGACCACAUGUCUCCGUGUUCCACGCCGGCCCGCGAAGAAAAUCGGCAUUCGCCGUCAGUUGUAAUGCGACUGCCAUGGUCCAUGGGCUUAUGGGAGGUGAAUCGUUGAAGAAAGCGACGCUACUGGUAUAUGAGUUCAAGUUCAGAUCGUACCGGGGGGCACGCCUCAAAGGAGCGGAUAUCACAUUUGAGUUCCAGCCACAGCCCGGGGGAACGGGAAGGGUCGAAAUCGUCAAAGUGAGACCGGAGCGGCCUUAUACGGCGCAAGAAUCCGAGCAGACUGUGGGCAAUGGCAUCAAGGCAGGGGUAAAUGGCGGGUUUAUGCAGGCGGUCGGACUGGAGCUGGGCGCAGAGCAUUCGGUGGAGAAAGUCGCGAAGUUCUACACCGUGGUCACAGGUGAUCGGCAGCAGAACGAUUGGGGCGAAUAUGAUCAAGCUCGCUUUUCUCUAUCGGAGAAUAAGUCACAGCAAGAUGGCAUCCCAUCGACGCUGACUGCAUGCAUCCUUUUGGAGAGGGACGAUGAAGAAUUUGUCUGCGUGCCGAGCAUCUCCGUUGAGCCUGACUUCCGGACCACCGUGGCUACAUUAUUCUCGACGAGAGAUCCAGACGACCCAGUUUACUUUGAUGGAAACAGCCCACCCUUUGAUCGGCGGGAGCAGGAGAAUCGAAUAGCCAUCGAUCCGGCCAAUCUCGGGGCCACUGACUUGGACCAAUUGUGGGGCUUUUCCAUGUUCCAUAAAUACCACGGGGCUGCCAGAUCACCUAAGAGGGAGGAGUAGAUAGUUAAGCGGCCCGGCUGAUGGUGGGCUGAACCAUCGCAAUACCAGAAAAUUGAAGGAG